AAACUAAUUAAACGCGAUUAAUUUACAUUUUCACAAUAAAGCAAAGCAUUGUAAUAUUUUGUAACUAUCUGUAUUUUUAUUGUAUUGUAUGUAGCGUAAAAUUACAAACUAUAGAAGUAGUUUCUAAUACCUUCUAUCUAAAAUUCUAAAAUCUAAAUAUGUAUGUAUGCACGUAUGUAUAUAUACAUACAUAAUUACAAGCAGGCUAGCCUACAUAUUCUAAUAAAUGUAGUAUGUACUAAUUACGCUCUUUUUCCGUUUGGGGUAGCACUAUCGCCAGCAAAAAUAGUUUGUGUUGAGUUGGAGAUAUAGGCAUAGAACCAUUAGAAACUUUGAGUUGCGUUGAAUAUUGGUUGAGUUGAGUACAGGGGGUGGGGUGGAGGGCUCGACUCUUAGUAAAUUUUUAGAGUACUAUUUUGACUGCCACCUGAACUAGCUGUAAACUUGGACGACUAAAAGAAGCAGGGAAAAGGAAAAUAAUCAAAGUUAAAAUCUAAUAUAGGAAACAAAUUUUUUAUUUUCUUUUUUAUAGUGGUAUACAGCAAAAAAUCUAUUUCUAAUGAAGCAUGUACGUACACGUGUUUAUUAAAUUGAUUUAUCCGCUCCGAUAUCUUUUUGCCGCUCCUGGCUCUGAUGUUCUAUCCUCCUAUCCUCGCUGCUACAUUGUCGAUGAUAGGAUGCAAAAAAAAUAUAUAUGUAUUCUAAAUACUAUUAUAAAGAUAUAAGAUACUAUAGGAAAUAAAAAUAAGUGUGGCUUAUUCGCUCAGAAUGGCGGGAAUGGCGUUGGGUCGGCACAUGAUCUACCAUAGUCCACCAAAUGCACGUGCGAGUGAGCAGCCAUAUUGAAUUUUAGUUCGCCCAAGUUUGCAGCUAGCUCAGAUGGUGUGUCUCAGCUAGCUCAAAAAGUGUCUCUAAUUUUCCCUAUAGAGUUGACGCCCCCUGGUUGAGUAUUAGUUGAGCAGUUGAGUGCAGUUGAGGAGCAUAAAGCUUGAAUAUUCACUCUCAUUCUCACUGUCAUCAUUUCCGCUAUGGAGUUAUCUGAGGUAUAAGUUUGUUUGUGAUAACAACAAUUGUUCUUUCUAUUUGCGAUGAAGCAUUCUACAAUAAUUCGAUAUACGAAAGCUGUGCACUCUUAUAAAGUAAAAAUUGUGGACAGGAAAAAAAACACCAUACAUAUGUGAUAAAUUCAUAAUCUCUUCAUCCUGACAUGAUAAGAACACACAGGAAACCGAAAGGAAUGAACCACAUUUUUAUCAAAUAACCGAGGAUGUAUUUUAGUAGUAUUAAAAUUACUGUCUAAUAAGUCUAAUAUAGACGAAGUGUAAUUAUGUAAAACAUUAAAUUUGUACACUUGUAUGCAAUAUAUUAACAAUGUAUGGACCACGAAGGAAGAUCUUUUGGUUUGCAGUAACCAGUAGAAUAACAGUGUUAAGUUUGCAAUUUAUUUUCAAUAUUCUCUGUCCUGAUCAUUAUGCAGAUGCAUUUAGAAGUCCUAGAGAUAAAUCUGAGAGAGUAUCAGUGUAUGAUAAUAUAAUAACAUUAUUAUUUAAUGGUCUUACACGAUGGGAUGGCCAAUACUUUAUACAUAUUGCUAAAUAUGGUUACACUUAUGAAAAUACUUUAGCAUUCUAUCCAUUGUAUCCUACAUUAAUUCGAUUUAGUGCUGCUUGUAUUAGAAAAGUAUUUUAUUCGUUGAAUGUUAAUAGUUCUAUAAUUACUGCUGCCAUAUUAAUUAAUGGCAUAUGUUUCGUAAAAUCAGCUAUAAUAUUUUAUGAUCUCAGUAAAGUAGUGCUAAAGAACACUAAUACAGCUUACAAAGCAGCAGUACUUUAUUGUAUUAAUCCGGCUACUAUAUUUUUCUCUGCUAUUUACUCAGAGUCUUUAUUUGCUUAUUUAACAUAUUACAGUAUGUUAAAAUCUAUUGAUCUGGAUAUUUAUGUAGCUUUCCCAAUAAGUCUAUCUAUUCUUACAAGAUCAAAUGGUAUGGUUAAUAUUGGUUUCCCUAUGUAUUUUCAAUUAAGACGAUUGUACAAUGAUUUUGUGACUAAGUAUGGAAAAUUUUCAUUAAGUACUCUAUGUCAAUUUUUAUUUAAAAUGACCACAUUGAAAAGUAUUUGUUUAAUGUGUAAUACGGUAAUUAUAUCAACAGCCCCAUUUGUUUUGUUACAAAUAUAUAAUUAUAUCAUAUUUUGCGUUUCUCAGUCAAAUGAAAUGCUCAUUCCGCAACAUAUUUUAAAUCAUGGCACAAUAAACAAUUUCGAAUUACCAGGUAGCAGUAAUGUAGAAUGGUGUGAUACUAUGCUUCCAGUAGCUUAUUCUUAUGUACAAAAAAAAUACUGGAAUAUAGGAUUUUUUAAAUACUACACAGUUAAACAAAUACCAAAUUUUAUCUUAGCACUUCCAAUCUUAUACAUUAUGAUUACAUGUAUGAUAGAAUAUGUUAUUGAACACACUAAAUACUUUUGUACGUUGGGAUUUGUUCAAAGAGCUGAUAAGAUAGAAAUAUGUGCCAAAGUAAAGAAAUAUCCGACUGAAAUGUUAGUGUUCAUUUUCCAUGGAUUAUUUAUGACAAUAUUCUGUAUCUUUUUCGUGCAUAUUCAAGUGAGUACACGUUUACUAUGUUCAGCAAGUCCAUUAAUCUAUUGGUAUUGUGCUUCAACUAUGUGUUGUGCAUCACAUUGUAAUGAGAAGAGAGGAUGUGAAUGUAUUGAAAAUAUGUACUCAAAAUGGAAAGUAUUUUUUUUCACGCAAAAAGAAUAUACUUGGAAGGAUAAACUCAUAUUAACUUACUUUUUAGGAUAUGCAAUUGUAGGAUGCUUCAUGUUUUCAAACUUUUUACCGUGGACAUAAUUUAUAUGUAUCUACUUUGUAUAUAUAUAUAUUAUGUUGUUUAAAUUUAGUCAAUUUAUUGUGACGUGUAUUGCCGAUAUAAAUACACGACUGUAAAAAUAAUUGUUAUUUACAUAAACGUGAAAUUUAUAUCAUAUAUUAAGUAAUAAUAAAAUUGUUUACAAAUGUAAAAUAUAUAUAUAUUAUUGUAUAAUACACACUACUUCCAUAAUAAUUAUUUAAUAUGCGACUUCUUGUGUUUAAGUAUUUCGAUUGGUGUUAAAUAUAAUGUCUGUGCACAAGAGGGACAUUCAUAUAUCUGUGUGUUAGAUUUAUGUUUUACGUUGUUACAAUUUUCUUUUGUAUUCUUCCGGUCUUGUUUUGUACAAGACUCUUGAUGUUGUAAUUUUUCUAUGCUAGUAAGAAUUGCUUGCAUGUUACAGUUUUGGCAGUGCCAUUCAUUUUCUAACAUCUCUAUAGAAAGUUUUCGACUCCAUUCGGUUUCGUUUAAACUAAAAAAUAAAAGUUACAAUUUAUUACUUAUUUGAAUGAGCAAAAAAAACAGUAAUUAAUGACUUACCAAUUAUACGUAAUUAUGUUGGACACUUGAACACCUCCUUUAACUGUAUUAGGAACUGCUGUGAAGUCAGAUUGAAAAGGAUUUGGAUCUAUAUCUAUAACAUUAUCUUCCCUUCCUACGUACAUGGUUUUAAGAUCAGCUGGUAACAAUCGCUUUAUUGUAUAAGGAAUUGUUGUGUGCAUAUAUUCAAUCAAUUCUUGAGUAAGUGUAUAUUCGACUUCAUUAAAAUCUUGCUUAUCUUCAUUACUAUUAUUUAAAUCUAUAAAAAAAGUAAUUAUAACGUAUCACUUUAAGAGUUGUUAAGUUUUAAAAUUAUCAAUCCUUAUGCAUUUUCUAUUUUGUAUACCUUGCAAUUGUUGAUUUAAUAAAAAAUCCCAUUUAUUUCGCAAUUUAGUGGCUUUUAACAGUAAAGUUUGACCACUGUCAGGUACUGGAAAUUCUAAUGCUAGCCAUGAAUCACAUACAAUACUGCAAAAUUGAAGUGACAUUUAAAUAUUAGAAAUUUUUUUAGUUAAACUUACAUUAAUAUGUACUUACAUUGAAAAUGUACUGUUUGUGUGAAUUUCAUUUGCAAACAAAAAUAAUGUCUGUACGGCAGGCAUUCUAAUCGUGUUCACCAAAUAAGGUUUUGUUGUUUCCAAAAGAGAUCUACAAAUCAUAAACAUGUACUUAAAGAAUUAUAAUAAAAUUGUUAUUUAUCUUUCUGAUUUGAAACUUACAAAUACGCUAAUAUUGUAUGUUUCGAACUAACGGGAGUUUUGCUUUUGUAUUCUGGUAUAGAAAUAAUAUCUGUUUCUUCUAAUUGUAAUACUUGUGGAUGAUUUCCAAAGAAACUCAUUGGAUGUAACGCUAUAUAUGGCUUUGCUUUUGUAUGAAAUAGUUGCUCGUUCAUUGACUACAAAAUCAUGUAUUAUUUUUGAAAAAGGAUUAUUUAAUUAAAGUAACUAAAAUGACGUUACCUUGCAAUAAUUGAACUCAUCUGCAGACGCGAAUUGUGGAUACAAACCACUGCAUAAUAUUAUUUUCAACAUUGUUAAAUCUUUGUAACUAUAUGCAGUGGCUGCGGUUAAUAAAUUUUGGACUUGA